AUGAGUGUUAAGGAGGACACCGGGAGCAUGGAGCUGGGGGAGUGCACCAGGAACCCGAGGUUUCAGGAUGUAGACGGCGUUGUGACACUGGCGGACACCAUCUACGCAGACCCCGGUGAGAAGCGCGACUCCACCGCGCUGAAGGUGGACCCGGACGCGGCUGAGGAGGAGUACACGCAGAUCAAGCCGUACGCCGGGAUGCCCAAGGAGGUGCUGCUGCUGUACUCCUCCCAGGCCAAGUACCGGGUGCCCCGAGAGAUCCUGUUCUGGCUGACGGUGGCCUGCACCCUGGCGUUGGUGGCGGUCACCGUCACGGUGAUCGUGCUGUCGCCGCGGUGCCUCAACUGGUGGCAGGUCUCCCCGGUGUACCAGGUCUACCCCCGGUCCUUUAGGGACUCCGAUGGAGACGGGGUCGGAGACCUCAAAGGAAUUCAGCAGCAGCUCAAUCACUUCCAGUACCUGAACAUCAAGUCGGUGUGGAUCAGUCCGUUCUACCGCUCUCCUAUGAAGGACUUCGGCUAUGACGUGGAAGAUUUCCAGGCCAUCGACCCACUCUUUGGAACCAUGCACGACUUUGAGGAGCUCCUGGCUGAGAUGCACAAAAAAGGUUUGAAGUUGAUCAUGGAUUUCAUUCCCAAUCACACCAGUGACCGACACCGCUGGUUCAACUUGAGCCGGACUAGAGAUCCUCACUACGAGGAUUACUACGUCUGGACUGACUGCAAUGAAACCGACCCGAGGCCUAACAACUGGGUGAGUGUGUUCGGGAACUCGUCAUGGACCUAUGAUGACGUUAGAGGACAAUGCUACCUGCACCAGUUCCUCAAGGAGCAACCAGACCUGAACUUCAGAAACCCUCGUGUCCGCAGAGAGAUGACUGACAUUAUUCAUUUCUGGCUGGGGAAGGGAGUGGACGGGUUUCGGAUGGAUGCAGUGAAGCAUCUCCUGGAGGCCACACACUUGAGGGAUGAACCACAGGUGGACCCAAACAAAGCACCGGAGGAUGUGACGUCAGAGUGGGACCUUCACCAUGACUACACCACCAGUCAGCUGGGUUUGCAUGACCUGCUGAGGGACUGGAGGGCAGUGAUGGAUGACUACAGCCAUGAGCCUGGCAGAUACAGGUUCAUGGUGACGGAGUCUUAUGAUUACCACGAGGUGGACAAGACCAUGAUGUACUAUGGCACCUCACUGGUUAAAGAAAGUGACUUCCCCUUUAACUUCUACCUGCUGGACCUGCCUCAGAACACCAGCGGCCUGUGGGCUAAAGAUCUGGUCCACCUGUGGAUGGCCAACAUGCCCGAGGGACAAUGGCCCAACUGGGUGGUUGGGAGCCAUAACAGGCCUCGGAUUGCCUCUAGUGCUGGUCAGACCUACACUCGUGUCAUCAACAUGCUGCUGCUGACCCUCCCAGGCACAGCCACCACCUACUAUGGCGAGGAGAUCGGCAUGGAGAACAUAAACAUCACAGACAGUCAGAUACAGGACCCUGCCGGCAAAUACAACUCGAGCGCCAGUCGAGACCCUCAGCGCUCUCCAAUGCAGUGGACUGGUGACAUGAACGCAGGCUUCAACAACAAAACCAACACCACCUGGCUGCCUGUACACCCCAACUACAGGAGCGUCAAUGUGGAGGUCCAGAAGAAAGACGAAGGUUCUGUUCUGGCUCAAUACCGCUUCCUGAACACCCUGCGUCAGUCUGAGCUCCCUCUUCACCGUGGCUGGUUCUGCUACGUCCAUGCUGACGCCAGCGUCUUCUCUUACCUCAGAGAGCUGGACGGGCUCGGCCGAGCUUUCCUCGUGGUGCUGAACUUUGGUAAAGAAUCUGCUGUCACUGAUCUCUCCUCCGUUUGGGAGUUACCGGAUCAGCUGACGGUGCUGAUGAGCACAAACCAAGUCAACGACGGCAAAGUGCUGCAAAAGUCUCGUAUCCUGACAGAGGCAGGGGAGGGUUUGCUGAUCCAGUACUCCACCCACACUUGGUUUAACCGCAACCACCGUGACCAGUGCUACGUCUCUGAGAAGGCCUGCUAUCUGAGUGCCAUAGACAUACUUUAUAAAUGCUAAUACAAGUAGACUGUGGCAUUCAGUUAUUCCAGUUUCACAGCAGCAAUCAAAUCGUUAAGAGUCUUCUUAAGUGUUUCCUCUGUAAGACGACUGAUAAUAAAAAGGAUCACUGCAGAUACA